CCGACCUUCGGCCUUUGAAUUACUCGUCACAAUGCCAAUCAAGGCGUUGCCAUCGGGUCGAUCAAUGGAGACGCCAAUGCACCCGAAGAGGGUAAGGGUGCUCGCUCCGGUAGUGGAAAACCCAAGAUCAGAAAUGUGGGGAACCGACGCUCCGUUCCCGACCAGGAGGGACCAGGAGACGCCUCCGGUGCCAUCACCUGCCCUGUAA